GUCGAGAGCCGAAAUGACGUCAAUUGCACCGCUAUGUUGUCGGCGCAAUCUAUGGUGCUGAAACAUCAGUGAUGGAUGCGCAUGUAGGCGGAAGGGUUCCUACAAACAGCGCAGAGUGAUUGGUUUGGUAGCGGCUGCAGCAGCAGGAGGAAGGACGGUGGUUCUACCCCUAGUGUCUUUCAGUUUAGCCAGAACAUUAUAUCGGUGUGCCCAUUUUGAUAGUAAUCGGUGAUUUGAGUAUUAGACCAAGGUAUUAUUUGAGAUAUAUUUCGAAUAAUUUCCUUCCGGACAGAGACCGGAAGCGCCAUUUUAAUCGAGUAUAACACGUUUUCGGUGACGGCAGCGCUAGCACAAUACAAUGGCUCUUAAAAGAAUUCACAAGGAGUUGAAUGACUUGGCACGGGACCCACCAGCCCAGUGUUCUGCAGGACCAGUAGGAGAUGACAUGUUUCACUGGCAAGCCACAAUAAUGGGACCUAACGACAGUCCUUAUCAGGGUGGGGUAUUCUUCCUGACCAUUCACUUUCCCACAGACUACCCCUUCAAACCGCCAAAGGUUGCGUUUACCACAAGAAUCUACCACCCAAAUAUCAACAGCAACGGCAGCAUCUGUCUCGACAUCCUGCGAUCACAGUGGUCUCCCGCCCUAACCAUCUCCAAAGUUCUCCUGUCAAUCUGCUCUCUGCUGUGCGACCCAAACCCGGACGACCCCUUAGUACCGGAGAUCGCCCGCAUCUACAAGACGGACAGGGAAAAGUACAACAGAAUAGCUCGGGAAUGGACACAAAAGUAUGCAAUGUAGUGUUGGAGUAGAAUCGUGGCGAAACCACCUGUACAACUAAGGUUAGGGGAGCUUUGAAAGUAAAGAGAAGUUAAAGCGGAUCUUGUUGGUUUCCAUUGGAGUGCUUUCUUUGAGCCACGCCUCCCCUUAACCAGAGCACCUCCCUCUUUCCUUUCCCCCCCUCCCUUUACGACCAAUUCUCCACCCCACUUAACCUGGCAGCCAUGGUGUACAUAUUCUCAAACUGCAAUCAUGCCCCUUGCGCUCCCCUCCUUGUUCCUGGUCAUAUCUCUGAUGCAGGCUGGGCUACUCUCCCCCCUGAUGUUUCCAUAGGGCCCUGCCUGCACCUUCACUCCAAAUGUUCUUGACUCUAAAAGCAUUCCUUAUCAUCUGUAUGACUAGGGGGCUGUUUUUUUUUUGGUGGGGAGGGGUGUCUAAAAUUGAAGGAUUUUUACACUCUUAUACCUUAUUUUGUCUCCUGAUAUCCCAGCCAUAUAGACAUGAUUUCAGGAAAGCUUAUCACAUGUUGAGUCGAGGGCACUCAUGUAUUUUGUAUAAAAUCUACAAAGGAAUUAUUUAAAAAUCAUAGCAGGCUAUAAAAUGGAAAACUGUAUGGCCUUCUGGUCUUCUCUCAAAUUAUAUGAAAGGACUUUAAUUGAUCCACUGUCCCCCACCAUUGCCAUAAACCAAGAUUGUUUCUGUGCACGCCCCCCAAAAAAAAAAAAAACCUUUCCCCACCUUCACCUUCAGACCACCACCUUCAUUACAUUCACAAACUGGAGGUUUUGGACCAGGUAUUUAAAGAAAGUUUUCUUAGUUUAUCCUGUGUUUUAUUAUUUCCCUAUAACUCUUAGGUUGUAUUUUUGCUAUUGUUGAAAUUGGAGGCGAACAACAUCUUCAGGCUGUGGGGCUGGCUUGGGCUCUGGGUGUGAGGACACAAAUGCUCCUCACCCAAACAAACUCUGUAUAUUGAAUUACCUGAGAGGCUCUUUGAGCUUUGUGUGUUGAUUAAACUGUGUAAUAAAAACCACGACUCAAGCGUCCACUUGAGUUUCAAACAUCA